UGAUCUUCAGCUGAGCAAAUACACUCCAUCGCGCACGUAUCGUACCAUACUAGUCCAGUCGAAUAUUCGCUCAAGGUGCCAAAUUUGAAUGAAUCUUAAUUUUAAUUUCCGGCCUACAGCGACAACCCUGUUCGGAUGCAAGCUACAACGGAUAGAUUCACAACAAACAAACCCAGAGGUGCAUAUCAGAGCGAGAGCUAAAAUUACCCUAUAAGAUAGGGCGCGCUCACACUAGAAAUAGUGACAGUAUCUCUGGUGCACCAGAUGAUAACGAUUAUGGGUUUUGUGUGUGUGUUUUUUUUGUUUUUCUCCUUCACACUGAGAAAGAAAGAUGUGGGUCGCUAUUACCUCCACCGCUUCUGUACCACGUGGAAGAUGCGCAGAUCUUCCCCGAACGAGUGGCGUUGUGAUAUCGUAUCGCCCGUCCUCAAUCAGUACGGUGUUCUGUGUGUACUGUUGCGGAUCAGUCGUAACAGUAGCUAUUCGUGAGUUCUUGCGAUGGUGGAGGAGGCGGAAGAAUUGCGUGCACUGCAACAACCUGCACGGCACACUACAUUCCAGGACGAUGGUAAAGAUACCGGUUCCGGUACGGGUAGCUCCAGGACAUCCUCCAGCUGGUGGAAACAGCUGCUUGCAGGAUGUUCACCGAAAAGACGUCUACCUAUACUGACCUGGAUCCGGCGUUACGAUGGUGAGGACGCACUGUCCGAUCUGAUUGCGGGUGUUACGCUAGGCCUGACGAUGAUACCGCAGAGUAUCGCUUACGCCACGAUUGCCGGUUUGCCAUCACAGUAUGGUCUGUACGCUGCAUUCAUGGGUUCGCUAGUGUAUGUGUUCUUCGGUACAGUGCGUGAGGUAUCGAUCGGUCCUACCAGCCUGAUGUCACUGCUAACACUCGAGUAUACCGCAGGCCGUCCACAUCAGUACGUGAUCGUGUUAGCGUUCGCAUCGGGUCUGGUAGAAUUGGCGAUGGGUGCCUUCCGGCUAGGAUUUCUUGUCUGUUUCAUCUCGGUACCGGUGACAUCCGCUUUCACCUCUGCCACAGCCCUCAUCAUCAUCGGUGCCCAGCUCGGCAAUUUGCUCGGUCUACCACGACUCCCCGGCAGUGAUAGCGGAUUUUUCUCCACCGUCUGGAGCAUUCUCCACAGGCUGCAGCAGACUGCGUUCGGCGAUGCAGCCCUCGGUAUCAGUUGCAUGGUGGUACUGGUAGCGCUGCAGUAUCUACCUCGUUUGGUAUCAGCGACACGGAAUCGUCCUAUUCAUCGGUUCCUUUGGUACGUAUCGCUCGCUCGGAAUGCUCUAGUCGUAUUGCUUGCCACCCUUCUAGCACAUUACCUGUCCACCACACCCGGUGGAGUUCCAUUUAGAUUGUCGGGACAGGUGGAACCGGGCAUACCUGCCUUCGAAUGGCCGGUACGAGGCGUCACCGUUAACAACACCACCGUUACCUUUAUUCAGAUAACCACCGAGCUGGGUAGUGGACUGCUGCUAGUACCACUCGUGGCCGUCCUUGCAAAUGUUGCCAUCGCAAAGGCAUUUGCGACCGAUGGAGUCGUUGACGCCACCCAGGAGCUGAUUGCACUAGGGCUGUGCAAUGUGAUUGGAUCGUGCUUCCGGGCAAUGCCCACCACCGGUGCCUUCACCCGUUCCGCCGUCAGCCAUGCUAGCGGUGUACGGACGCCACUAUCCGGGCUGUACUCCGCACUGCUCACGCUGCUAGCGCUCGGUGUGCUGACGCCCUACUUCUACUACAUCCCGCGGGCCACACUUGCCGCCGUGCUGAUCAUAGCCGUUGCCUCGAUGCUCGAUCUAGCCAUCGUGCGGCGCCUGCCCCGACCGCCCGCCUCCCUUGCUGACCUGUUCGCCUGGACGGUGUGCUUUACGGUUUGCCUAUUUCGAGGCGUUGAGGUGGGUCUGCUGUGCGGUAUGGGCGUCAGCCUGCUCGAACCACUCCGGCACUGGGUGUGGCCCCGGGCAGAUUGUACCACGGUGCGGGGCCCUACCAUUACAUACCGCCGUGUACGUCCCAACCUUGGUCUACUUUACCCGGGUUUGGAUCGGUUAAGGACGGUCGUGCUGACCGAGGCACGUCACUAUACACCCAUACCGAUCGUGCUCGACUGUGAGCGGGUCGUUGCACUCGAUCACAGUGCAGUACGAUCACUGCGCGAGCUGGCGGAUGAGGUAGAACGGCUUGGGGGCACAUUCAUACUGCAAAACGUUCAGCCCGCGUGGCGAUCGGCGCUACAACUGCACGAAACGGACCACGGUUUGAUGUUUCACCGGCCGGAGGGAACUGUUUCGCCGGUUGCACAAGACAAACAGGAGGAGGUGGAGAUUGCACAAAUCAGAUCAGAAAUGUAGCAGAGUAGGGGGAAAGCAAACAAAGUUGCUUUAGUCUUAUUAUCCCUAAAGUGUGCCACUAGAAUGCUCCAGGGGUGCCGCCACAGAUAGGAUAAAACGAACAUACUAUACUGAAUUGCGCAAGCGAGUAUUAGCAAACAGCUUAAUGACUUUGAAAAAUGAAAUAUUGAGUUCAAAGGAAGAGAGAGAGAGAGAGAGAGAGAGAGAUUGAAAGAGAUGAGAUUCAAAUGAUAUGACCGUGUCAUCUGAGACCGUUUAGAUGUCAUAUGCUGCAAUUGUUGUCAUAGCCACUUGCGUUGUUCUAUCAUUUAAAAAACCCUGUAUUAAUAUUAAACAUAAUUUUUACUUCGUAUAUAGUACAUCAGAUGAAUUUAUUUUCUUGAAAUGUUAUUUUUUACUGAUGAAUCUUCCCAACAUAUACGCAACACCAAUA